CCCCCCUCUGUCACCUUCGUUCGCCCGUGCAAUUCCUCGUACGUCAUUUAGUAUUGGCAUAAUCCUGGGUCAACUUUCACUAGCUUUACAAGCGCUUUUUCUUCAUUGUUACUUUACAUUGCUUAACACCUGUCUGGCGUCCCUGAGGUCUUCGGAAAAAUUCCUCGUGACCAGCAUAAAACGUGAACCGUUGCGAAACCGGUUGAUGAGGAACAGAAAUUGGUGGACAAUAACGAUAACUUAAGAACUCAAAAUGCCUCUCGAUACCUCUACAACGUAUCCUCUUACGAAGCUGCGCCUUGAUGGACGCCGCUGGAACGAGCUCCGCCUUCUUCAAGCCCAGAUUUCUACCAACCCCGCCAGUUCUGGGUCAUCCUUUUUGUCCAUGGGAAAUACAUCGAUAAUGUGCUCUGUUCAUGGUCCAGCGGAGGGAAAGAGGGGCGACGCGACAGGAGGUGCUGCAGGAUCAGCCGGAGCUGUGGUCGAGGUCGACGUCAACGUCGCGGGGUUUGCAGGCGUUGAUCGCAGGAGGAGGGCUGGAGGCAGCGACAGGCAAUCUUCACGAAUUGCUACGAUACUGCGCUCGGCCUUUCAAUCCCACCUUCACACCCACCUCUAUCCACACAGUACGAUUAGCAUUCACGUCUCAGUCCUGUCGGCUGACGGGUCUCUCCUCGCCGCAGCGGUCAAUGCGUGCACCCUGGCCCUUGUCGACGCCGGUAUUCCGAUGCCGGGUCUGCUCUCUGCCUGUACCUCUGGCAUGAGCGGCAGCGCCUCUACGCCACGUGAUCCCCGGAAUGACUUUCUGGAUCCUCUUCUAGAUCUGUCACUGCCAGAAGAACAAGAGCUUCCUUUCCUGACAGUUGGGACAACAACAGCUAUUCCUGUUGGAGAGGACGCGAUGGACGAGGACGAAGAGGAUAUGAAGGUCUCUAUGAUGGUGAUGGACUCGAAAGUCCAUUGCACGUAUCUCGAGACAAUGCUUGCCGUCGGAAUUGACGGAUGCAAGCAGAUUCGGGAGAUCUUGGAAGGAGUCAUCAAAGGGACAAACCGGGGAGUAUGAUAUCUACUUGACAUCAUGUGUCUCGAUACUUUUAUACCCUGCAUGUAUACUCUAUGGGAGUUGGGCGUCGCGGUUAUGAUGAUAGAUGGGGUGAUUGUACCUUUGGGUGAUUCAUAUUUAUUUUUUUAACCAUUCCAUUUCUUUUACACAUCGAUAAAAUCCUGUAAGGCUAAACUCGUUUUUCCAUAAGCAGAG